GCCAUACCACUCCUUGCACAAAGCUUCCAUACCACCUCUCUACAAACGAAAGCCAAUAUACGAGGUCGAUAUCACUCAACAUGUCUGCUCAAGACGCUCCGGUGUUCGAGCACGGGCCUUGCGCCAACUCGAAGGAAUGGGCUUCUCAGCUGGAGACCCUGAAGGAUCUUCCAAAGUCUUACUCACUUUCGAAAACCUUAGUUUUCAAACCAAGUACGUACCGGUGUCCCUUGUGGGGUUCAAAGAAUUAUGAGACCUAUCCUCUCGGGAUUCAUGUAUGGCCGCUUCUCACAGAGGUAUAGAAACCCCCAAAACACAGACCGCAAAUUUAGUUGUAGUGGUAGCAUUAGAAGAUACCACAACCCCUUCCUCCGAGGUCCAGAAGACUCUAGAUACCAAAGACACCCGUCUGGCGAACGAAGAUGCACUGAAUGCGGCGCUUGGAGUUAAGCCCGCCGAUGUAUCCCCCCUGACAAUCACCAAGGAUAAUUCCUCAGCUGUCCAAGUUCUCCUUGACCAGCGUCUUGUUGAUGCUCCCAAAGUUGCUAUUCAUCCUUCGGGAUCGAAUACUACUUCCUUUGUCUCCGGUGCUGGUCUUAAGCUCUAUCUCGAAGAAACUGGCGUCAAAGUUACUCUCCACACCUUUAACGCAGCCACCGCCGAGUAAGUUUUACAUAGGCGUGACUUGGCCACUUGGACCCCGACUAACCUAUGGGAUAGGCGCCGCAACGAGGAAAAGCCGAAAGUAGACCUCCAAAGGGCCCCCACCAAACCGACCAAGACCGUCGACGCUAGAAUUCCAGAUGCGGAACUUAUUGGGAUCACAACUCAGAAGGAAAUCGACUUCUCUAAUUGGUACCAACAGGUUCUCACCAAAGGCGAUAUGUUAGAAUAUUACGAUAUCUCUGGAUGCUAUAUUCUGAAGGUUCGUAGAACUAUAUUCUGCCACCCUUCAGAAAGCUAAUUCGAUUAUCAGCCAUGGUCAUUCGGUAUCUGGGAGAAAGUCCAAGACUGGUUCAACAUAAACAUCAAAUCAAUUGGUGUAGAGAACUGCUAUUUUCCCAUGUUCGUCUCUUCAAAGGUCCUCGAACGUGAGAAGGAUCAUAUCGAAGGCUUCGCCCCUGAAGUUGCUUGGGUUACUAAAGCGUAUAUCACCCCCCCUGCUAUAAAUAAAUAUCAAAUCACUAAUCAUUCCCCAGGGGCCAGAAUGAGCUCGAAGAGCACAUUGCCAUCCGCCCAACCUCCGAGACUGUCAUGUACCCCUACUAUGCAAAAUGGAUACGCAGUCACCGUGACCUCCCUCUCAAGCUAAACCAGUGGAACUCGGUCGUCCGUUGGGAAUUCAAGCACCCCCAGCCUUUCCUCCGUACCCGCGAGUUCCUCUGGCAAGAGGGCCACACAGCGCACAUCUCCCAGAAAAAUGCUGAAGAAGAGGUCUUACAAAUCCUCGAUUGGUACGCUGGUGUCUACUCCGAGCUCCUGGCUGUCCCAACCAUCAAAGGCCGUAAGACUGAGAAGGAGAAGUUCGCUGGGGGUCUCUUCACCACUACCUGUGAGGGAUACAUCCCUACUACCGGUCGCGGAAUUCAAGGAGCAACAUCCCACUGUCUUGGCCAGAACUUCUCCAAGAUGUUUAACAUCAUCGUCGAGGACCCGUCUUGGAAAGAGGGCGACCCAGAAGAAGCCAAGAAACUCUUCGUCUGGCAAAACUCCUGGGGACUUUCCACCCGUGUCAUUGGCGUCAUGACUAUGAUCCACGGAGACAACAAGGGUCUCGUUAUCCCUCCUAGAGUAGCCCAAUACCAAGUCGUCAUCGUCCCCUGCGGUCUCACCGCAAGGACUACCGAAGAAGAGCGCAAGAGGCUUCUUGAGAGUGUCGAGGACAUUGCUUUAACGCUAUCUAGGGCCGGCAUCCGUGUCAAAGCAGAUACCCGCGACACCUACUCCCCGGGAUACAAAUUCAACGACUGGGAACUGAAGGGCGUUCCGGUAAGAUUGGAGUUUGGGCCCAAGGACAUGGAGAAGAAGCAAGUCCUUUCUGCUCGUCGUGAUACUGGUGUCAAGGCCGGUAUCCCCCUUAGCAGUCUCGCAGAACAGGUCCAGACACUCUUGGACACUAUUCAGAAAGACCUAUACGAUAAAGCUAAGAGGUCAUACGACGAGCAUACCGUCAUCGUCAAGAAAUGGGAGGACUUUACUCCCGCCUUGAAUGCUAAGAACGUCGUCCUCAUGCCGCAUUGUAAGCCGCCUUUCUAGACUUAAACCCCGCCAAUAACCGAUAUACUAAUAGAUUACAAUAAUAGGUGAUAAAGAGGAAUGCGAAGAGGAAGUUAAAGAACGCAGUAAAGGUCGCAAAGACGAUGACCACGCCCCAGAAGAUGCAAAAGCUCCGUCGAUGGGUGCAAAGUCCCUCUGCAUCCCAUUCGACCAGCCAAAAGGUGACGACGCCAUCAUUCCGGGGGCAACAAAAUGCGCACAGUGUGGUGAAAAUGCUAAGGUUUGCCCCUCCCUCUUCCUCCCUCAGUAAGAGAUAUAUAUAUAUAUACUAAUGGCGCAAAUAGCACUACACCCUCUUCGGAAGAUCCUACUAGACAUGGCCUCUCAUAUCUUUAAUCUUCGUCUUUUCUUUUCUUUUUAUAUAUUUUUUGUUGGGGUUGAUUCGGGAGUGCCUUAAAACUUACUGCUCUUUU